AUGCCAGUGCCAAUACCUAAUAAUGCCAAUGCCAAACAAGUGAGAGUUCAAUACAUAGAAAAGGUGACCACCUUGAAGAAUCCCGUCGACCCAGACAAUGCUGGAUACCGUAUCCAUUCGACACAACCUUGUACCUGGUACCAGAACGAGAACGCCCUAGUGACAAUGGACAAUCGCUGUCGCAUUACGGAGUGGGAUCAAGCGGGCCCUCAGGAGGAGCAAGACGACUUUGACGAAGCAACAGCGGAAAUCACGGCAGAGUUACUUUCGCCCUUUACAAAUUGGGCGCCUCCAAAGCUACUAGAAGUGUUAUGGUUGUCCCCUGCGGGUGGGUCCCACAUCAACAUCGACGCCAUUUCAGCGAGUGUGAGUUACAGCUUGGUGCUUCCAAUGGAUAAUACAACAAUACAACACAACAACAUGGCAGGUAGAGGGAUAGGUGGAUAA